AUGUACUGCAAAGGUCGCAGCAUUUAUGUUCGCUCAUGUCAACCGUGGAGUGCCAAUAGAGACAGGGGAGGCUAUAUGCCCGUAGUUUAUCCACCCGGUGUCUACAUUGGAAUGGAAGGAUUCAUGCGAUUGAUCGGCGCUCAGAUGCUGGAUAUCUUGUACAGCGAGGAAAGAGAACAGUGUGAUGGAGCAGAUCUGUUGAAUACUUUGCUAUGGCAUCACAAGGGAAAAUGGAAGCUAAAUCACAUAUGCUAUUCUGAGAUGUGUUGCUGCUAA